AUGGCUGCACGAUCUUAUCAGCGCCUGGGCCUACUAGUGGCAACGGGGUUUCUGGUAUUUUUGUCACUGGUGUUCCUGGAGACCAGUCUCGUUGGUGAUGCAGAGAAGCAGCUCAACCAGCUCCUGGGGCGCCAGUCCAAGACGCUGAAUGAUGCAGUCAACGAAUAUCGCCGACGUUACAGCAUGAACCCGCCGCCGCACUUCGACAAAUGGUUUGAAUACGCUCAGUCGAAGGGCGUUGAGCUAAUUGACGAGUACGACACUAUCUAUCAUUCUUUGCUGCCCUUUUGGGGUCUUUCGCCCCAAACUAUUCGCGCCCGCGCCCGCGAGGCUCUUGGAGGUGGUAACGGCCUGUAUGGAGUCCUUGUCAGAAAUGGAAAGGUAUCGUUGAUUGAGGGACUCGGGGAAGAUGACUGGCGAAGGCCGGCCACACAAGGCAUGCUCAAGGAUUUCAUCCAGUAUUUGCCCGACAUGGAUUUAGCAUUUAAUGUCCAUGACGAACCACGAGUCAUCUUGCCCAAUGAUGAUCUCCAACGACUUGUUUCGAUAGCAAAAGACCAUGCCAUCCCACGUGCUUUCGCGACACAAUCGGCUGUCAACGCAUGGUCAGCUCGACCACGCGACGUCAACAAAGGGGACCGCAUCGAGGGUGUGCGCACCACUCGUUUCAAUACGAUAUCUCGCCAGCCGGCCUGGAUUGAAUCGAGAAUGUCGUGCCCUGCCGACAGUCCUGUUCGAUCCCUCGACGAGAACCCACCAGACGACACUUCAGGGUACGCGCAUACAGAGCUCGGUUUCAUCCACAACACGACGGCUUUUUCGGAUGUGUGCAACACGCCUUCCUUACGGGAUACGUUUGCGUUCUUUGAACGGCCCAAUACCUUUGACGUUGUCCAUGACCUCUUCCCGAUUUUCUCUCAAAGCAAGGUUUCUACGUUCCAGGAUAUUUUGUACCCCAGCCCCUGGUACUGGGAUAAGAGGGUGGAAUAUGUCCCGUCGGAGGAUUUUAGCUGGGAAGAAAAGAUUACCAAAUUAUAUUGGAGAGGCUCGACAACUGGUGGGUGGUCGGUAAACGGGGGUUGGCGGCGACAGCAUCGACAAGUAAUGGUCGGAAACAUCAACUCUUUGGGUAAGGUCAAAGUCCUUGCCAAAAAUGACGAUGGGCAAUGGGAAUCUAAAGAGGUUGAUCGCCGCAACUACCACGAUCUCUUUGAUGUUCACUUCACCUUUAUUCAACAAUGUGACGGGCAUGACUGCGCCGCCCAAGAAGAGUUCUUCGAUUUGACACCACAGCAAGAGCAGAAAGGGGCUUGGUCUUACAAGUAUCUCGUUGAUGUUGACGGAAACGCCUUUAGCGGGCGGUAUCACGCAUUUCUCGAAAGCAACAGCUUAGUAUUCAAAGUUUCUAUGUUCCGAGAAUGGCACGAUGAGAGACUCAAACCCUGGCUUCAUUACAUACCAAUGAGCCUGAAAGGACACGAAUUCGUCGAGACCAUGCGCUACUUUAUUUCGGAAGAAGAAGCUCGCAAUCGGUUUUGGGACUUAUCGAAAAGGUGGUCGGCUUUCUCUCAUCAAAUUCACACUUUACGAAAUGGUUUCAAAUUUCACUACGUCUGCAAUGAACCUGAUUCCGCCACCCGUCCCGCCAAACCCUUGGUUAUCUUCAUCCACGGGUUCCCUGACAGCUGGGCACUAUGGCGUCAUAUUCUCAAUGUAGAGUCUCUCCAGGGUACAGCUACUCUGGUUGCCGUUGAUCUACCAGGUUUUGGUGGUUCCGAUAGUAUGGAUCGGUAUUCCGCCACCGCGGUUCUAGAGAACCUUACCGAAUUUAUACUUGCUAUGAGAACAAAGUAUGGCAUCGAUAGCGAUGGGGCCACCAAUGAGCAAAAAACUGUUAUUGUUGGGCAUGACUGGGGCUGUUUACUUUCCAUGCGACUGGCUGCCGAUGCCCCUGAACUGGCCAACAGGUUCAUUGUAACCAACGCACCAAUUGUUUCCCUGGUGUUUUCUAAUAUUCGUCGUCGGCUGGCGUCCUCCUUGAAAAUGCUCAAAUCAUUUAUACGCGCACCAAUCCGCGAGCGUUCACUAUUGUUCAAUGCCGUAAAGUCUCUGACUCCUGUUAUUCGUCAAGUAUGGAGCUCGGGAUACGUUGCUGUCUUCCAGCUGCCUCCUGCUCUGGUCAGUUACGUUGGCACUGGAGGAAAUCAAUCGUUUUUGAAGUACGCACAUAAAACGUCCUACGGAAAACAGGACUUUUCUAUUGUCGACGCUGCAGAGUGCAUGGCUAGUUCAAGUGGCCCGUCAAUUCAUGAAAGCAAGACACGAACGGCCGAGGGCAAAGGGUAUGCUGAAACUGCGAUCACCAGGCGAGCCGUCUCUAAUUUCUUUGAAAUGUGCCGCUACUACCGCGAAGGUACCGCUGUUGCCCGGUGGCAGAAAUCAGUUGAGACCAUAGCAGGCCUGCACGAAAUUGCGCAAGCAACUGGAAUCCGGCGCACUAGCAGUGGGGCCGGGCUAUUCGAUGAGGGACCGCGAGGAGCUCUCAAAGCUAGGGCUACCAUCGUCUGGGGCCAGAAAGAUCAUGCGCUCGUUCGGCAGCUGUGUCUGGACGGCAUCUCGGACUACCUUACCAAGGGCAGUCAGGUCAUUGAGCUUCCAAAUAGUGCGCACUGGACUCCGUUGGAGCGGGAGGGUCAGGUUGCAUUGACCAAGGCGGUUGAGUGGGCUGUGAAAGGUGAACAGGAUGACAUUGGGGCGGUCAUUGGGGCUUGCUGUCCAGGAGCAACGGCCGUUUACGAUGUGCUCAUUCCCGUCUAUCGAAUGACGAACCACACCCCAGCGAACCUGUGGCUCAUGGAACGCCCAGAUUUAAUAGCCACCUUUACCAAGAUUGAACUAUGGCGACAAACACAGUUCGAGCGCAUUGUAUACAUUGAUUCUGAUGUGGUAGCCGUCAGAGCUCCGGAUGAGCUUCUGGAACUGGACGUAGAUUUCGCCGCUGCUCCGGACGUCGGCUGGCCCGAUUGCUUCAACAGCGGCGUUAUGGUAUUGCGACCCAACAUUCAGGAUUACUUUGCGCUGAAAGCGCUUGCGGAAAGAGGCAUCAGCUUUGACGGCGCCGACCAGGGGUUACUGAACAUGCACUUUCGCGACUGGCAUCGGCUCAGCUUUACCUACAACUGUACACCCAGCGCGAAUUAUCAAUAUAUCCCAGCUUAUAGACAUUUUCAGAGUACGAUCAGUUUGGUGCAUUUUAUUGGAUCUCAGAAACCUUGGAAUAUGUCGAGACAAGUGACUCCUUUCGAUUCGCCUUUUAACCAAUUACUGGGAAGGUGGUGGACUAUUUACGAUGGACAUUACUACCCUAUAGCUACCUAUUCUGAGCAGGCAUCAGUUGCUGCAAUAUCAGUACCUCAAACCGACUUAUCAUCAAGUCCGCCGCUAGAAUACCACACGCGCGAACAAGCUUCAACAGCGACUGCCCAACUGUCUUAUCUUCCAAAGCCAGAUGAUGUGGCAUUGUCUGCUGAACGGCCACCAGAUCGACAUAACGAACAACCUGUCAUCAGUGUUGUUCCACAAUAUGUCCGGGGAGAAGAGCAUGUAAAGACGUAUAUACAGCAGCACCAUCAAGCUCAAACCCAUCGUUUUACACAACCUACUCCAACACAAGGACCCAGUGUAUCCUUGCAGCCAGUUCACCCAUUGGGCCAUGGCAAUUCUCAUCAUCCUUAUCCGCAAGCAUCCAUCGAGACACAACGCACACCAUCACCUCAACCACCACCACAAGAGCAACCGACAUUUGAGGCGCCUCAGGCGGAAUGGGAUGCGUCUCGGGAACCGCCUCCUCUAUAUUCAAAACCUGAGGGAAUCGCAUUAGAGACAAAGACAUACACCAUGUCAGAUGACCAUCAGCUUUUCCAGCCACCAGCAUCCUAUCCAGAAGCCCCCAAAAACAUGUAUUAUCAAGUCCCGCCUGUGAAACCGGAGCCAAAGAAAAUCACCCAGAUAUUCCCGUGGGAGCAGAACGCACCAAAGCCCACAAGAGUGUUUGCUGAAGAGCAGCCCCAAACUCAACGCUUGCCGUCUCCAGUAUCCAUCAAAGAAGACUCCAGAACGACUCAAUCCUCUCACCAGACAUCCUGGACAUCCGAUGUACCCAGCCUACCUAGUGAAUCAUGGGACACCUACUCACGGUCCAACGCCUGGGAUGAAGUGCCAGAAAUUCAACAGUACAUUCAGUCCAUCCAAGGACCCCGCAAGGGCAGCAUCCAGGUCCUCUCAGGCGGCCCCGAUCAACAAAAGGCCGAAACGGCAAUAGCAAACCAGCAACCCGGCCCCAAUAUCGGCACUCGAAUAACCGAUUUCCCCAGCGAAAUCGAACGCCCCAGCCUACCUGUCACGCCGGCGCCCAUCCACCGGGCUCCAGCAACAGGCAGCCCCGACGAAUUCACAACAGAGCAACUCCCCGCCGCAGAAGGCGUGCCAAGCCAGGAGGACUGGGUGGGUCUCACGGUUGAUAAUCCUUCAGUCCGUCUCGAGCGGUUGCGCCGGCGGCAGAACGGCGGCUUGGACAGUUCAGAUUCGCUGGCUGAGCGACUUACUUGGGCUCUCGGAGAUAGGGGUGGUGGGCGCACGGGAGAGGAAGAGUCACAAUCGCACUCGUGCGAUUUCGGACCAGAUCCAGAUUGA